CUUCCACUACCGGUAACAGUGUAACACAUCUAGCGGAAGUAAACAACACGAGCGCUGGUAGCGUUAGUUAGUCGUUGCGCAAAUCAUUUUUUAAUUUGUAAAUUAGCAACAAUGUCUUCAGUUCAGUAUUUGAGAGAGUUUGUCAACGAGCGACUAACUGCUGCUGCUGAAGAAAUAUUCGGAGUUUUUGAGAAAACUAUCGUCGAGUACGAGGAAGAGAUCGACCGUCAGCGCAGACUGUUGGAUGUCGUUUGGAAACCUGAAAUAAAGUUACUCCGGAUAGAGCUCCCACAGCAACAUGUCUCUAAGGAGGAGGAGGAGGAGGAGGUUCCCGCUGAGCAGCAGCUCUCUAUUCAGGAGAUGAACUCCAGUCUGGACCGAGAGGAGCCAGAGCCUCCACAGAUUAAAGAGGAACAGGAGGAACUCUGCACCAGUCAGGAGGAAGAGCAGCUUGAACUGAAGCAGGAGACUGAUGCCUUUAUGUUGACUCCUACUUAUGAGGAAAGUGAGCACAGUGAACCAGAACCAAACACUGACCACCAGAUCCUCUCUCACACCUCUCAUGAAGCUGAGAGCCAAGAUCAGAAAGUAGGCAACCAUGGAGACUCUAGAAAUCCAGAGCCAGAACAACAGAAAAGCAACUUGUUAGAAAUUUACUGUAAUACUCACACAGGCAAAAAGUAUUUCAAAUGUGAAACAUGUGGAAAAGAUUUUAAAUAUAGGUCACUAUUGCAGAGACACCUGAGAGUCCACACAGGUGAGAAGCCAUAUUCUUGCAAAACGUGUGGGAAAGAUUUCAAACUUAGCAGUGCCUUGACAGUCCACAUGAGAAUGCACACAGGUGAAAAGCCAUACUUUUGCAAGACCUGCGGGAUACGAUUCUCUGCCAUGCCCGCAUUGAGAAGGCACAUGACAAUCCACACAGGUGAGAAGCGAUAUACGUGUGAAACAUGUGGAAAAGAUUUUCGACUUAGCAGUGUCUUGAAAGUCCACAUGAGAACCCACACAGGUGAGAAGCCGCACCUUUGCAAGACCUGCGAGAAAGGAUUCUGUGACCUUUCAACAUUGAUAAAGCAUAGGAGAAUCCACACAGGUGAGAAGCCGUAUACCUGUAAUACAUGUGGGAAAGAUUUCAGACGUAACAAUGAAUUGGUGGUCCACAUCAGAACCCACACAGGGGAGAAGCCGUACCUUUGCAAGACCUGCGGGAAAAGAUUCUGUGACAUUAAAGCAUUGAAAAGGCAUAUGGGAAUCCACACAGGUGAGAAGCCUUAUACCUGCAAAACAUGUGGCAAAGAUUUCAGACGUAACGAUGAAUUGAUAGUCCACGUGAGAAUCCACACAGGUGAGAAGCCGUAUGUUUGUAAAACAUGUGGUAGAGCUUUUAGACAGAGAGGUGAUUUGACAGUCCACAUGAGAACCCACACAGGUGAGACGCCUUAUACUUGUAAAACAUGUGGAAAAGGUUACAGAUGCAAAAGUGGCUUGUUGGUCCACAUGAGAAGAGCCCACACUGGUGAGAAGCCGUAUCUUUGCUAAAGCUUUGAGGAAAAAUCUAUGGAAUGUUAUUUGGAAAGGCAUGUAGGAGAGCAUACAGACAAGUAGUGUUCUGUUUGAACCCACACAAGUGAGGAGCCCCAUGAAUGCAGCACUAGUGUAAAAUGUUUUUUGUCAAAUCAUGCUCUUGAAAUUCAAGCUAAUACUUCUGUGGAGAUGUGUUCAAGAAAUGAAUGUAAUACACUUUUGCAGUAGCUACAUUUUUAUAAUUUAAUGUGAAGCACAUUAUUAAAGAUAUGUCAAUAUCUUAGUGUAAAGUUUCCCUUUAUAUGAUUAUAUUACUUAUAUUUCUGUUAGCAACAGUAUUUCUUUGAAACAAUCAUAAUCUUCCAAAUCAUGGAAAAAUGUUUCACAGUGAGUGCACAGUAGUGACUGAUAGAGUAAUGGUGUGAUUAUGUUGGUUGUUGCUUUUGCCAAAUAUCUAUUAACCAAGUACUGUAUGUCACAAUCACUUUUAGUAAGGACUUAAAAUCCAUACUUCAAGUAGUAUUGAUAGUUCUUUAUGAAGCCUCCUACACAUCUUUGAAAGAAGUCCAUUUUUACAUUUCAGAGUGACUAACAUUGUUUUAAAUUAUAUAAGAAAUGCUAUUACAUUUGAACGUGCCUUUUUG